UCACCCUUAUGGUAUUGGUAGUGAGCUAGCGCCUGGCCGGCGACACGUCGCGACGACUCGUCCGUAGCACCACGAUACAACUACGACGACGAGGAGGAUAUAUCCUCGACUAUACGGGUAUAUCCAACGAACCUCCACCACCACCACCAUCACCACCACCCACCGUCAUCAACCACCACACAACUACUAAGUUGACAAGUGAACUCCACAUACGGCACUCGUACCCGACAGUGGCUCCGUAACUCUUUCAUCAUCAUCCCUUAACAAAUUAACAAACUUUCAUUUUUCCUUAAACAACCCUUGAGCCGCGAAUCGCCGCAAUAUUAAAUAAAAAUUAAAAAAUACUGCAUCAAUAUAAAUAAUAUAAAUAGUUAUUUUAUAAAACCGUUUGACAUUACAUCAGUUCAAGAGGUUCGCGCAAAGCCGGGAAGCCGGACGUGAAAAAUAAACCUUUAGUGAGUGAUUAUUAUCUAUAUCGGUUGAUAUAUUAACUUCUUUAUAGUCUUCUUCUUCUUACUAUAAUUUCAGUGAUAUUAAGGAAUAUCAAUCGAAGCAUUUAUAAUAUUACUAAAAUAAAAUCAAUCAGUGUUGUAAAUUUAAAUUCAUAAAUGCUACGUGAUCUUGUCUCGGUCCUGUGAAAAUUUUUUUUACAGGACUAGUGUCACUGCCACGAGGUAUCAGAAAUAAGUGUAGGUGGUGUUUCGAAAGGUGUAAGCCUACAGGUGAAGCUUACAGCCACAAAAACGGCUAACAAAGAGUGCAGUCCGAGGCCUGACGUGUCCACGACACGGGACACGGUGUCCGUCGGCCCUUAGGCCGUGUCACUACUGUUCCACUGCCCUAAACAACGCGGCCUCAUGAUUGGUUCAUUCUGGAACCUGUGCCGUGCGUGCCCUUCGAUGCCAAUUGAUAAGCAGCUCCACUCAGAGUACAGGAGCACAUAUACAUGGCAUGAGUACACAGGGCCGCAUCAGGAGCACACAGUUGUACGUCGUGCACCCCAAGCACCACCAACUUCCACAAAGCAAGUGACCGCGAAGCUACAAUCCGCCAAGUCAACUGAGGAUGAAAAUAAUACCGAAGGACCAACAUUGGAACCUCCAUUGCCGAGACGAAAGAAGUGCCCGGAGCUUGCUUACAGACAUCAUGAAUUCAUCACUGCCGCUGACGCUGGUGGAAUUGAUGCUGUGGACACCAAUGUCGUUGCUGAUAAAGUUCGGGAGGUGACAGGAAAUACAGCGCUACCAGCGAGCCAGCUGAGCAAGGCGAUUUCACGGAUAAGUACAGAGUAUCGAUUGCAGUUCGCUUGGCCAAGGCGAGCCCAGCUCACAAAUGGCGAUGCCGUUUCCCAGCUACCAGCUGCUGGUGGUGCUGGUGGUAAUGCCGGUGGACCACCAAGAAAAUCACUGAGCAUGGGUGCUUUGAAACAAGGAAUUCCUUCCUCAGGACCUGCUCCGGUUCACAUGAAAAAAAGACCCGGAGAUUUUGAUCACAAACGUGAUGGAGUACAACCAUCUGAGCUGGAACCACUGGUGGGUAAUAAUACUGAUAAUAUUGACGGAGUUGUUCUUGAAGCUGAAGAACGUGAUGAGGAUCUUGCUGACCUCAAAGUUGCCUUCAGACCAAGAAAGUAUGCUGGUAAAGGCGUGCGUAUUAUCGACGACAAUAUCGUUCAAGAAAAUAAAAUAACCCAGAGUAAUAAACCGUAUAUGGAUAAUUACUUGAUUAAUGAAAUAAUUGAACUUAGACGGCUUGCCGAUGAGUACAAGCACCGUGAUUGGGGCAGCGUUUUGGCAUCCGAAGAGGAAGCAUCAUUAUGGAAACGUGUGUCAAAUAAUCACUCUCUCAACGCACUGUCCCUCGCCAGGUCGGUUACUAAAGAAGAAAAGGAGAAAGAAAAUACGAGAAAGGUAGCACCUAAUAUGCCACCAGCUGGAAGACCAUCAUCUGUACAAGCCAGACCAAUUUAUGAGAUUCUGCAAGAUGAUUUGAAAGCUGUUGAUACUGAGAAAGCUAUUGCACGUGCUAGAAAAGAAUUUUUGAUUCGCCAUCAUUUGGAUCGCACCACAGGAAUAUGUGAUGGUGCAUUACUGCCUUCUCCAACGCGAGAGAAGCUGGAGCCAGUAGUGCCACGACGUCGUGACGACUCUAAGGAAUCUACUCAUCGGGAAGAAAUUCAACCACGAACCAAAUCAAGUCCGAAGAACAGUCCUCGAACAGGACGUUCCCAGAGCAUGGGUCCAUUAAGCAGAUCUCCAAAGCGACAGACACCUAGAACACCAUCAGUUAGCAAAGACAUAAAGGAAAAAGAAAAGGAGCAUAAAGAUAAAGAAGCGAGAGACAGAAGUGGCGAGCCAGAAAGGCAUCCACGUCCGAGCAACGCAGUAGCGGGUGUUUCAGCGGUCGGACGUGUCCGUUGGAGCAUAAGAGAGUCGCCUAAGUCGUCCUCCUCUUCCUCAAAACCCCCUGUUGUUGUGUCGUCGGUGAAAUCGUCUACUUUGAAUGAGCAACCCAUACCACCGUUACCACCGCCACCUGGCCCUGGGCCCACGCCGCUCCAAAGAAGACCCUCACCGAGGGUACAGCGCAAACCCUUCCUCGCGACAACCGCUUCCCCUCGUCCUCUUCAUCUAGCCGCGAAAACAAAUUUACCACCAACAACAACAACUACAACUACCACAACAACAAAUACAAAAGUAACCCUAAAUAAGCUUCAUCAAAGCGCGUACGAGCGCUCCGAUGGCCGGUCAGGCAUCAGAUCAGCCUCAGCAGCAGCAACUUCCUCGGGCUCGAGGUCACUGGACCGGGUCACCAGUAAUAACCGAAAAAAUUUGAGCUUAAGCCAUAGUCCAGCCUCAAGAGCCCGAGGAUCCGCCAAAGCCAAGGCGACAUCCGCGCCUACUGCUGAUCACCCAUCCAAAUCAUCCUCCACCACCACCGACAAUCGAAUUCAAUCGUAUCGAGCUAAUGCAGCCCUGCAAGCUAUGACCGCGGAGCCACAGCAUAUGAAUGGGGAUGGAACGGGCGGCGAGUCAAGCGUGGCGUCGACCCCCCCGUCGCAAGCUGCCACCGUGUCAGCACCCGCGGCGACCGCGGUGGUAACAAGUUGCCCGUGGUUCGACGACGAGCCCGUGAUAAAGAGUCCACCGGAGCCGACUCGGGUAAAGAGUCCAGAGCAGAUGAUAAUGCGCUCCCCCGAGCCGGUGAAUUGGACAGUGCCGCUGGACACCGGCAAGACCUUCACGGUGACGCAAAACGUCCUCGAGGGGGAACCGCUGACGAGACCUCACAGCGAAGCGAAAACCUGGGCAGCACCAACAGUUCACUCAACACCGCAAUCAGCACCGCCGGAACUAGCAGCUCUGCACAAAUCUCAUCCGCAACAGCAUUCUCAACAUUCGGGCUACAAGUCCCCCGAGAGCGAGAGUGUCUCACUGGGGAGCUACACCGGGCUAAAUGGCCACAAGGACAUGGACUCAGAGAGGGACAGUCCAUUACCAACCAAUCUACAGGGUACACCCACUCCAACCCAAAGUGAUAAGGUUUCAGUAGCAGUAGAGAAACCCGAAGAACCAAAGAACCCAGCGAUAAAACCCGUAGCAGGUACGAGCUUACGAUGCCUAGAAGAUCCAGUCUUUGAAUUCGAGAAGAGCAAAGCAGAAACAGCUGCAACAGCACCAACAACGACCUCAACAACAUCCGGCGGUUCCGGGUACCGCGUCCUGGAAGCAGAGGAUCCGGCAUCAGAGGCGACUGCACCCGUCGCCACAGGAUCCGGUUAUCACGUACUUGAAGCGCCAGCUUUGAGUCCAGGUUCAGCUCAACGAUCGGUCGCGAGUGACGUGCUCGAGAUUGCUCGCAAUAGAUUUGAUAAAUUCUGGGGCAAGGGCUCUGAUAAUCAAGCUUAAAUAUUACCUUUAUUAUUAUUAUUAUAUACUGAUACUGACACUCUAUGAAUAUGAAGAAGCGAUGAAGAACUUGGUUUGAUGAUUUUGAUUAUGAAUGAAUUAGAUGUUUAAUGAGAUGAAGAAUGAUACCUAAUCUAACAAAGGUGUCAAGUUUUUUAGGUGCUUGUCAUCUUUAUUAAGCGUGUGCUUGUUCUUUGUAGAGCGUGAUGAUAGUGUGAAAACUCUUGAACAAAAAUAGAUUACCACGAUGAUAAUGAUGAUAAUAGGGAGGAAGGGGAGAUGAAGGAAUAGAAUGACAAAUACCAGAUUCAGAGUAGCGAUUUACUCGCUGAUGAGCUUCAAACGCUAUCGUAUAAAUCAAUAGUCCGCUUCAUGCAUUUUAGAUUGUCGAUUUGUGAUGCGAGGAAUCGGUUUGAAAUGAUAACGGAUUAUUAAUAUCAUUGACACUAAUCAUAUUAAUGAUUAUAAUUACAUUUAUGAAGAUGAUGGUAAUAUUGUUUAUCACUUUCAUUGAUUAAGCACUAUUUAUUAAUGAUUCGGCUUUCGGUUAAGCUUUUAAAUAAUCACGAGCUUUUUAAAUCAUCUUUGAAAUCAGGGGUCAGUUUUUUAAAACGAGUUUUUAUUGAAAAAAUUUUUUUAAUAAAAUAAAAUUUCUCAUCAAUAAAUACUUUGAGUAUUUGAUUUCAAAGAAUUUUAAUUUAUUUGGAAGAAUAUUCAUUCUUUGUUAUUAAAUAUGUACAUUUAGAGUAUUGAUUUACGGGAAAUUUUAUUUUAUUAGUUACUUUUAUUAAUUUAUUACUGAUUUUUACAUUUUCGUAAAAAACUUGAUUUAAAAAACUGGUCGUGAAAUAAAAAUAAAAAAAAAAAAAUUUACUAAAUUGAUAAUUAUUAACGCUUCUAUUUCAUAAUCACUCGUGAUAAAGCUCCAUAUUUGUUUAACCAUUGAAUAAUAAAAGUAAAUUUUAGAUAGGUUGCACGAAGAAAUAUUAAAAUACAUGAGAUCAGUAAAUAAAA